AUGAUUGAUGAAUUAUAUGAAAAGAAUCAAGAUUGGAAAAAUUGGUUGACUGAGGAAAGUUUAUUAGAUUUACUAUUGAAUGGGAAGAAUGAUAGGUUUAGGAUAGUUUUGAGGGAUUUUUAUGUGGUUCCAUUUAGUCUAGUUCAGGAAAAUGUGGAGGGGAGGUAUAGUACCGAUGUUAGUAGAGAUUAUUUUAGAGUUGGAGGUGUUGUGGAAUUUACAAAAUGGAAACCAUGUGGAUUGAUUGAGAAAUUGUUACAAAAUUUCAAGAUAACUGAGUAUUUUCAAACAAAAAUUCAUAGCAUGCUAAUGUUUUUCUCUAUUUGUGAUUGGUUUGCUGAGAGGAAUGAAAUCACUACCAUUAGAUUGGUUUUGAAUGACAAUUCCAUUUUGAGGAAAUUACCUGGAGAGUUUUUCUUGUGUUUUGUAAAGGAUCAAAAAAUGGAAAAUGUUCAGAAUAUUAAUACUUUCAAAAGUAGCUCACCAAUAAUUGAUUUCAAAUUGUUUAGAGAGCAUUGUACAAAGUAUGAAACCUGUAGUAUUGAUACAAUCUUUGAGAAAACUAAAAAUCCUCCUUAUGGUAUGAAACCAAAUGCAGCAACUGUAGUGGAAUCACUCAAAUCAGAGCUAUACGAAUUUGACUCUUACUCUAUUGAUUGGAGUGCGACUAUUGCUGUUAGUACUCAAGAUUGGUGCAGUUACUGGUCUAGUGGACGUGAGUGGUGGGGAUGUUAUGCCAUGACUUCAUUCAAUUCAAAAGAGUGUGCAUUUAUUGUUGCAACAGCAUCUUGUUCUGAUUAA